CGGCGAUGACGCCAACCCCUCUGGCAGUGCGCAGAACAUCGCCGACGAUGUGCAGAACCCUCCGAAAACCGAACUUUUCCCUUCCGCUACGGAGGAUGUGAAGCCCGUCGCCGCCGAACGGCCACCGCAGUCCUCGCCACCUCCCGCGUCCUCCGCACCAGCAGACGCGGUCCCGCUCGCCGCAGACCCUGUGGUAACGCAUCCUGAAGAUGCUUCGGUUGUUCCUCCGUCUGAGGACUCUAUGGCAAGGCCGCUGAACGUGACGGACGCGCUGGGCUAUCUGGACUGUGUCAAGCAAACCUUUGCAGACCAGUCCGAUGUCUACAACCGAUUCUUGGACAUCAUGAAGGAUUUUAAGAGCCAAUUCAUUGACACUCCAGGUGUCAUUGAGCGCGUCUCGACCCUUUUCCGUGGCUAUCCUACGCUCAUUCAGGGUUUCAACACCUUCCUGCCUGCCGGCUAUCGAAUCGAAUGCACCACCGAUGGAGAUAACUCAGAUCUUAUCACGGUGACAACUCCGGCCGGAACAACCACGCAAGCCAUCCGUGAACCCUUUCCUCGACCUUCGAUGCUUGGCGACGUAGUCAUAGCAGCUCCCGGCGCAGUGGAUGCAGAGCAGGAUAUUGAACGGGCUCUGGCAUACGUACAGAGAGUGAAGAACCGUUACGCCAAUGAUCCUCAGAAGUACAAGGCGUUCCUGGAGAUUUUGUCACCAGACGAACUCGCUGGCGAAGAUGUUCUCUUGCGCGUUGAGAGGUUGUUUAAGGCCGAUGAGGACCUGAUGAAGGGCUUUUAUCAGUUUCUUCCGGAUCGAAAUCUUCAGCAGCGCACAGUCGCAAGGCUAGACGACAUGGAGGAAGGCACGCCGCUUCACCUGGAAGCUAGGCACAGGAAGAAGCAAGAUGGUGCUUCCAGCGGUGCGGCGACCAAAGUUGGCUCGUCUUCGGUCCCGCAGAAGAGGAAGCGCAAGCCGGCAGAGAAGGACAAGGGAGAGCAGGAGAAGGACAAGCAUAAGGAGAUCGUUCCAAAGCCUGGGCCUAGCAAAAGGACCAAACAGCAGCAUGUCACGAGUGAAGCUCCUUCGCCGUCUCUCGCACAGCUUCAAGCCAUACCACCUUCACCUAUGCGCACGCACGCCCAGGCAGCGAACCAGAUGCACACACAGCUCUCACAUAACCAGAUUCAGCAGGCCCCCAACGGCAUCCAGUCUGUUUCCCUCCAUUCACAAGUACCACCACGAUACGACGAUGCUCAGUUCUUCGAUCGCGUUAAGCGGGUACUGGAGAACCGGGAGACGUACAAUGAGUUUCUGAAGCUUGUCAACCUGUUUACGCAAGACAUCAUCGACACGGCCCGACUCGUCCACGAAGCUCGGAAUUACCUUGGCGAAGGAGAACUGAUGGCGCAAUUUAGGGAGAUUCUAGGUUGGGACGAUCGGAGAGAGCGGUAUGCUGGCUCGGAGGAUGUUUGGACAAGACCGACAGGUGUGCUUGAUCGACCGAGUCGGAACCAGCUCAGCCUUCGUCAUGGUAGCUACAGAAAGCUGCCCGGCAGCGAGACGAAUGUUGUGUGCUCUGGCCGGGACGAGAUGUGCAAGUCGGUAUUGAACGACGAUUGGGUGUCCCAGCCUAGCUUCGCCAGUGAAGACGCCGGGUUCCUUGCACACAAGAAGAACGCGUACGAGGAGGCUCUGCAUCGAAGCGAAGAGGAACGCCAUGAGUACGACUUCCACAUUGAAGCGAUACAUAGGACCAUUCAGGCGCUCGAACCGUUCAACAGCAAGAUCAACCAGAUGAGUCCCGAGGAGAAGGCGACAUAUAAAUAUCGACCGCAGUUCCAAGGUGCUGCGAAGAGCAUACACCUCCGCGUCAUCAAGAAGGUAUACGGGCGCGAAGCUGGUGUCGAGGUCUUCCAGGCGAUGCAGGAUGUACCUGUGGUCGCCAUCCCACUCGUGCUCCAACGUUUGAAGCAGAAACACGAUGAAUGGAAGCGUGCGCAGCGCGAAUGGAACAAGGUCUGGAAAGAAGUUGACGCGCGCAACUAUUAUAAGUCGCUCGACCACCAGGGCAUCACGUUCAAGACCACCGACAAGAAGGCGCUCACGCCCAAAGCAUUCGUCUCGCAGAUCGAGGCGGCUCGCGACGAGCAAAUGACGAAGCGGGCAGCGCUCGUUGACCCGCUCUUCGCGCGGACGUACCCGCGGCACCAACUCGAGUAUAUCAUCGAGGACGUCGACAUGCUGCAAGACGUGCUCAAGCUCGUAUGCUCGUUCCUGGAUCGCACGCAGGGCCAGAUCAGCUUCACAGACCGGCGCAAGAUCGAGAGCUUCCUGCGCUCGUUCGUCCCGCUCUUCCUCAUGGUGGACCCGCCCGCGUUCAACGUGGUGUUCGUGCCGAAGCAGGACGGCGCUGACGGCGAGUCCGGCGAGCUGGACGUGCCCAUGGACGAUGCAGACGCCGCGAGCGUCUCGUCGCGCGGCGGGCGGCCCGGCAAAAACGGUGCCGGGGACCUCCGCAAGCGGCUCCUGAAGAGCGAGCAGGCGAAGUUCAGUCGGCGGACGCGUGCACAAGAAGCUACUUCCCCUACGUCUUCAAGGCCUGCCUCCCCCGCCCUCGCGGACGCCCCCUUACCCGAACGGGAGCCAUCGCCAGUGGCCAAUGGAGAGAUACCCUCGACUCCACCGAGCCCUACGGAUACGCGUCCCAUGCGCAAGGGGACAUUUUUCAGCAAUACCCAUUUCUAUGUUCUCUUCCGACUGCUCGAGGUACUGUACUCGCGGUUGCACCUCUUCAAGGACCUGGCUGCAGAGACAGCGACUGAGCCAUCUGAAUCGUACAAGAGCACCCCGCUAGCAGACCGACUGGGCAUGCUCGCAGACGUUACGAAGCUCGGCGACCGCGUGAACGACGCUGAGCACUUCUACGAGCUAAUGCUCGAGUCGUGCGAGAGGCUGUUCGAUAACGAGCUUGAGCAGGGUGCGUUUGAGGACCAGAUCCGGUACAUGUUUGGCAUCCAGCACGGGUACAAGAUGUUCACGAUCGACAAGGUCGCUGGUGCAGUCGUCAAGCAGGUGCAGACGAUCCUCUUGGAUAGCAAGAGUCUCGACCUGUUCGAUCAGCUCCGGCGCGAACGCGACCUCCCCCGCCCUACGACACAGGAUCUCACCAACCUGCGGCGUGCGACCGAGAAGGUUAUCGGACCCGAUGAGAAUCUCUUCCGGAUGGUCUGGCUGCCAGAGUCGAAGAUAGUGACGAUUCAGGUGCUUGGGAAAGACGAUGCGAGCUUCGACGAUUCGGAGGUGCAGACAGGGCGUUGGCAGGCUUAUAUGGAUUCUUAUGUCUCGCCUGGCGACACGGCCGGCUUAACAUUGCCUGUCGCUCGCAAGCCUUUCCUCAAGCGGACGCUGAGACCCGGCCAAACUGAUCAAAUCGAGGGCGACGACGCGCUUGCAAUUCGCAUCUGCACGCGCACAUACCGCCUCUUCUAUGUCGCAGGCACGGAAGACCUGCUCUGGCGGCACAGUCCCUCUGAAGAGCUUCCUGAGGUUUCUCAGAGACUUCGAGCGCAAAACGCCCGGAAGAAGACCUGGCUCGAGAAGUUUGCUGCGAGGGUGCAGCCGCCCGACCCUGCUUCGGCGACGCAGGCGCAGGCGCAAACUCAGCCACAGCCACAGAAUAAUUCUGCUGCCCCUGCUGCGGCCACUGCGAGCCCAACAGCAGCGACGUCGAAGUCCGCUUCGUAGUUUGCUGCAACAAGUGUAGGUAUUAUAUAUCAGUAUUUUAAGCACGUCGUAAUAGUCCCUUGCACUGUUGUAUCCAUGAAUGCAUUAAUGUUAACUCUUUGCUCCUGGAUACAGUUCCCCUUUGGAGGCAA